GUCAUCUCCAACGAUCUGGCGAUGCAAACCGAUCUCAAAACCACCGUUGCCUCCCUCAAUGCACGCGCUGGCCUGCAUAUGCAGCGUUACGACAAUGGCCGCCGUCAAGUCGUCGGAUGUGUCCCCUACAGAUACAAGGAUAGUGAUGAGACAUCAUCCUUGAAAGCUGAGGAUGCAUUUGAAGUUCUUGUCAUUAGUCCUCAGAGAAAACGCAAAGUGAAGCUUUUCCCUAAGGGAGGAUGGGAAACAGAUGAAACAAUGGAAGCUGCAGGGCUGCGAGAGACAAUGGAGGAAGCCGGGGUGGUGGGUGAGAUUGAGGGUAAACUAGGAACAUGGAGGUUUGAGAAAGGCAAAAAACCAUGUGAAGGUCACAUGUUUCCACUCCUUGUGAAAGAGCAGCUAGAUUCCUGGCCAGAGGAGGACAUUCGCAAUAGACAAUGGAUGAGUGUAAGGGAAGCUAGGAAAGUUUGCAAGCAAUGGUGGAUGAAGGAGGCAUUGGAAGCAUUAGUAGGGCACGUAACGAAGCAGAAGAAUGCAGGCUUACUUUCAGCCAUUGGGCUUAGCCAACCCACCCUUUUCUCAUAG